CGGUCAAGCUUCGCACGUCAUUUACGCUAAAAGAAUUCGAUGUUUGCUGAGGACCCAAAUAUCGUGUUGGGGAUACCAAUCAGCCAUCCACCCGUCAAUUGACACCUUAAAAACACUAUAACCCUGCAGCAAACUUACACUCCCCUCAUUUUACUUCUUUACAUCCCAUCAGCCCAACAUCUCAAGUCUCGACAUACAAAAUGGCAACCAACAUCACAUGGCACCCGUCUCUCUCGCGCGAUGAGCGCAACAAGUUCCGCAAGCAAAAGGGCUUCACAAUCUGGUUCACCGGCCUCUCCGCAUCGGGCAAGUCGACAAUUGCGACGGCACUUGAGCAGCAUCUGCUGCACUUGGGAUUCGCGGCAUACCGUCUCGAUGGCGACAAUGUACGAUUCGGGUUGAACAAGGACCUUGGGUUCACAGAGAAGGACCGAAAUGAGAACAUCCGCCGAAUUGCUGAGGUCGCAAAGCUCUUCGCCGACUCCUCCACAAUCGCCAUUACCUCCUUCAUCUCGCCUUACAAAGCCGACCGCAAGCAAGCCCGCGACCUCCACGCCGUAACCACCGGCGAAGACUCCCCACUUGCCUUCGUCGAGGUCUUCGUCGACCUGCCGCUUGAAGUCGCCGAGGCGCGCGAUCCCAAGGGCCUGUACAAGAAGGCAAGGGAGGGCAAGAUCCCAGAGUUCACAGGCAUCAGCGCGCCGUACGAGGCGCCCGAGAACGCCGAGAUCCACAUCAGGAGUGACCAGAAGAGUGUAGAGGAUAGCGUGAGGGAGAUUGUCGAGUACUUGCAGAGUAAGGGACUGUUGGAGAAGAACUAGGUUUCAGAUAUACUGGUAUCUAGGUACAGAGGGCUUGAAGCGGAUGGCGAGGACCGAAGUUCCGUCGUCGCUGGCUGGAUUGGAUAGGAAUCCAAAAAAACUACUGGCAGACACUGCUGUCGACGCAUCUUCAGAUAUUGAACAGAUGAUUCACAUGGCUGACACUCAAUGC